AAAAAAAAAAGAGAGGGCGAUCGAGGAGAGGACAAACCUCACGAAGGUGGGGGAAAUAGGUAUAAACAUCGCGUGAUCGACGAACUUCACCGAAUUUAGCUCUCACCUUAAUCCCAACCAAAAAGACACAAUUAGCCAAAAUAAAAGAUGAAAAGUUACCCCCCAAAUUCAAAAGAUACAGAGGGAGGGUGACCUUCCGGUUAUCCUCGCCCACGCCGGUACGGCGACCGGAAGCAGGUGUUGCAUCGAUGUCAGAAAGCUCGGCAGUGGCUUUCCGGCGAGUAUCUCCAGAGACACCGGCUUCUUCAUGGGUUUUCCUUCUAUGACUUCACCGGCAUCAUGUUGGUCUGCCGAGCUUAAAGUACUUGUAAUGUGACUGCUAAAUCAUUAACGUUUCCCAUUGAAUGGAAUGGAAUAUUUUUGUUACCAAAUUAUAAUUUGAUUGUAAGUUUCUUUUUUUUUUUCCCCAAAUUCAAUGGAAGUUCGUGUUACAAUGCAAUAUUGACUCCAAGUGAGGAACUUCAGAGUAUUUUACGUAUCCAUUAAUCCAAAAUUAGAGUUUUCUGCAACAAGGUAGUAUCCUAGAAUUAGAGUUCUGUUUUCAUAAGGGUUAUACAACAAAAAAUACAUGUAAAGUGUGGGGGAGCUUUUAUUCUGUUGGCUUUUGGUGAUUAUAAUGGGAACGAAUUAGUCGGAAAUUGAAUCAGAUAUCACCACUUCCUUCUUAGUAAUAUUACGAGAUUAUAUAAAGAGGAAAAUAUAUUACAAAACUCUUUUUGGCCCUUUUCUUUUUCCCCUUGAAGAAGAAAAGAAGAAGAAGAAGAAGAAGAACUCAAAAACUCUUUUACUGCUCAAUACAUUGUACAACUUCCAAGGCUUCUUCUUGUUCUUCCCUCUCUUCAGAAUUGAGAGUUAAGGACGAAUUCUGUGUUGAGAUGGGGAGUAAGCGUAAUAAUACUUGUGGGAUUUGUUUGGAGAAAAUGGAGAUUCGUCGGAUGUCUUCCCUUCAUGAUUGCACUCAUAAUCACUGUACAACUUGUCUGAGAAAACUUGCUGAGGUGAAACUAAGCGAAGAAGGUACUUUGCCAACUUGUCCUCAGGAAGGAUGUAAAUCCAGUAUCAAAAUUGGCAACUGCAAGAAGAUCUUAACCCCUAGAUUGGUGGCUUUGAUGGAAGAACGCCUGAAAGAAUCUGAGAUUCCUGUCCUUAAUAGGAUUUAUUGCCCAUUUCCCAAGUGCUCUCACCUCAUGUCAAAAUCAGCGGCCUUGUAUUACACUGAAUUUAUGGUGGCCCCGAAAAACAAGAAUGAUGUUGAUUCCGGGUUCAGGAAAUGCUUGAAAUGUGGCAAUGGAUUUUGUGUGAAUUGCAAGGUUCCGUGGCACAAGGACACCACAUGUUCUGACUACAAGUUGUUGCAUCCCCAUUCGAGCGCAGAGGAAGCGCUGUUGAUCUCUCUUGCACGACGUUACUCGUGGCGCCGAUGCAUCGAAUGUAGCCAUAUGAUUGAAAUCUCUGCUGGUUGUUACCACAUAAAAUGCAGGUGUGGAUGUCAGUUCUGUUAUGCCUGUGGAAUGGAAUGGCAGAAAGAUGAAAAACCUUGUGGAUGUCCUGCCUGGAAUGAGCGCCUGAUUGUUUACUAAAUUAUCAGAUGGUAUAUGAGAUGCAUAUAUGAGAGGAUCUUUUAGUAAC